AUGCGUUAUUGCGUUACUAGAAAAGUAACGCAAAAAAGCGUUAAAGUAACGCAAAUAACGCUGCAUGAACCAACGUGUCUUGAAAUAGGAGCGCUUGCAAAUAAUUUGCUUGGACACACUAUAUGUUUAAAUGGUUAUGAUCAAUUUUUCUGGGGAACUGGAAUUUCAUCUAUAACAUGUAAGAAUCACAAUGAUCAAAAUUGUAAAACACUGAAAAAUUAUAUUGAAAUGUCAUCAACAAAUAAUAAUGAAACACUGUCGGCUAACUACUAUAACAAUGGCAUGACAUACGACAGUAUUCCGUUUCAAAAAUACUGUGAUACAUUUCUUGACACAACACAAAAAAUAGAUGAAUCAAAUGUAUUUUAUCAGGAACGAAUUUGUCUGAAAGAACACUACCGUUGUAUGACAGGACAAUGUAUUCCAGUUAGCUGGAUUUGUGUUGGUGCCACCCAGUUUUAUGAACAUCUAAGUAAGAAGUAUCCAGUUUUCAGCGACGUUGAUAAGCUUAUGAAUGAGUAUGAAGAACCAGCAACAGCAGCUAUUGCUGAACUGGUUGAUUUAUGUCAAAAACAAUAUCAAAAUAAUCCAAGAGAAUUAUCUGUCAUUCAAAAAUUUUCAACAACUUAUAAAGCGCGACAAUAUUAA